GGUUUCUGGGCUCAGAUUCAGCUUGUCAGUUGUGGUAACAAGUACUUUUACCUUCCAAGCCAUCCUUCCAAACCUGGAGCUUUCUCGUAAGACCUAGGUAGACUGAGGAGGCCCCCUUUUCCUCUGGAGCAUGGACUGAAAUCCAGUAGUCUCAGUUUUCCCGUCUCUCCCUCAUUCCUUAGCUUGAAGGAGCCAGGACCCAGCACUGGCUCUACCCUGGGUGUGGUAAGUGAGCUAUGGCCUUAAGAGCAGGUGGGGAGGGCUGCCUACGGGAGCAUAAGAGGUAGGACCAGUUCCCUCCAGACUGCUGGUGUGUGGCCCAGGGCGGAGCCCCUGGGUUUAAAGAGCAGAACCCACCUAGGCUCUCCUCAGACUUCCUCUCUGCACCACUCCCCUGGCUCGAGUCAUCUCCCGGGACACUGAAACACAGAGAUAUUACCUGCUAAGUCACACACCUGGUAAGUGGAUGUGAGAAGACUGAGCCCAGCCAGUAGGUGCUGGAUCUGUGAUCUCAUUAGCAGAUCAGAGCUAAGUAUAGUAGACAGUAACCGAGGCUUCAAAACUGAACCCUUGGCACUAGCCUAUAGCUACCAUUAUACAGAAAGAAAGGCUGGGGCUUUUUCUCUCUAAAACUCAGCUGCACAAGGGGUGUCACAAGCAAUGUAAAUGAGGCCCUGGGUAGGACCUACUCACAGGAGAAAGGGGCUAUGUCUCUCACACCAGCAGACCUUUCUAGCAGGUACCUAUGCUCUGAGUAGAUCUGGGGCUGCUUGGAGCAGAGUUCCUGGCUCUAGAAGAGGAGGCUGGAACUGCACCCUCCAGCCCUGUUGUUGAAUUCUGAGAUAAUCUACGACUCAACCGGAUUACUCCAGGCCCAGAUCUUUUCAAGUGGAAGAGGCAGGGCCUGGACACCUGGUUGGGAAAGCCUAGCUCCUUCGUAGAACAGACACCUACCUCACUUGGAGCAUUUGGUUUUAUCUUCGUGGAUUCCUACCUUCUGUGAAAGAGAUGAUCGCAAAGCCUACGUGGUCACUCCAGGGUGUUCUGUUUCUGAACACGUAACUAGAAUUAAGCAAUCCACAUACCCGGGUAAUCACUAGUACCAUCUGUAUGGGGAAGUGGAAAGCGAUCGUUUCCUUAAGGUCAGCGCUUGCCUAUGUGGGAUUCAUAUGUCUAAUUUUCACACCAGUUCUGCCUCUUACUAAUGGGGUGAGCUGUGGCAGGUCACAGAUCACAGACCCAAGCCACCACUUCUACUCUGCAUCUCACCCAGCAGCCUGCAGUCUCACCCUGGGUCCUGAUAUGGAGGAAAUCACCUGUGCCUUUCUCCUGCUGCUAGCAGGUCUGCCGGCCUUGGAAGCCAGUGACCCAGUUGAUAAAGACAGUCCCUUCUACUAUGACUGGGAGAGCCUGCAGCUGGGAGGAUUGAUUUUUGGAGGGCUCCUGUGCAUCGCUGGAAUUGCCAUGGCCCUGAGUGGCAAGUGCAAAUGUAGGCGUACCCAUAAGCCCAGUUCCUUACCUGGAAAAGCCACUCCACUCAUCAUUCCAGGCUCUGCCAAUACCUGCUGAACUGAACACAGGACCAAGUUUGGAGGCAGGUUUUUGACAACUUUCUGCCGUACUUCUCCUCUGGAGACCUUCCUCUCCAGGAUGGCUUCCCUAGAACAUACUGUUAAGUCUUCAUUGACAGGAAAGGGUGUGGCAAAGCUGAUUUUAUAUUAAACUGGUCUUGCUGCUCAG